AUGUCACUGGUACCUGAGAAAGCUUGGGCCAAGUCUAGACGAAAUCCCCUACAAAGUCUGAGAUAUCUUCCUGUGUGUACUUAUUACUUCUCAAUCCCUCCUACCACUCAAUACAAUAGCUCUUUUCACAUGAAUCUUUCUUUCUAUACUCGCAACCUUGUACGGAAAACGAUAAUUGGAAGACCAACAAUACAAAUGAUGAGUCUUCUUACUCCUAUCGCCCGGGAGUUUCGAACGUUAGCACAAUGUCCGCAACUUGCCAUUGCCGAAGCAGAGGAUGACAUCGAAAUCAGAACUAAAUAUCGUCCUUUCUUACUGGAUUCUGAAAUGGAAGCUACAGAUUGGAUCUCUCAGUUAGAGUUAGACUCUGUAGUUACCCAAGUGGAAGAACACUUAGCGAAGACUAGCUCUAGAUUAAAAGUCUUAGUUCUCUAUGGGAGUUUACGGCAACGAUCUUAUUCAAAGUUGAUGGCUUUCGAAGCUUCCCGAAUUCUCCACCGUCUUGGCUGCGAUGUUCGAGUGUUCAACCCAAAAGAUCUGCCCAUUCGCGAUUCAGUCGAUGCAUCUCAUCCCUCUGUCCAAGAACUCCGAGAACUUUCCCUCUGGUCUGAUGGUCACAUCUGGUGUUCUCCCGAGCAACAUGGGAAUCUAACUGCUGUUUUCAAGAACCAAAUUGACUGGAUUCCACUUGCUACUGGCUCGGUUCGCCCAACUCAAGGUCGCACGUUAUCGGUAAUCCAAGUUAAUGGCGGAUCUCAAAGUUUUAACGCAGUUAACAGUCUUAGAAUUCUGGGGAGAUGGAUGAGAAUGUUUACAUGUCCUAAUCAGAGUAGUUUGCCAAUGGCAUGGAAACAAUUCGAAGACGAGGGAGGCGAUGGGAGUGGAAAAGCGAGAUUACUCCCAAGUGGGAAUAGAGAGAGGUUGGUCGAUUGUAUGGAGGAGUUCGUCAGGUAUACGAUUAUUAUGAGGCCUCAUUUUGAGAUUUUUGGUGAUAGAUUUAGUGAGAGGAAAGAGAGAGCAGAGAAGGAGAAGAAGAAAAAUGAGGUUCCUGUAGAUAAGAUUUGAGAUUUAGAUUUCGCUUCAGUACAUCAAUUAGAGAAUGGGGUUUGAGUUUUUCGUUGCAUCACUAUUUCUUAUCGUCCUACUCUAUCUAAGCCAACCCCGUCACUCUACACCAGCUGUCCGCUCCUCAUAUCAAUCUUAAAUCGCCCUUCUUCCCUGUCCCCCCUUCGGUAUUACUCCACACACAAAGAACUCUCAAUACCUUAAACAACACUCCACUUCCUA